AAACCUGUGUGAUAUGGGUUUGAAGGAAACUGAGAGGAAAAUACACUGCAAGAGUAUAAGAUUGGAAGACUAGUCAUUUAUAUAUAUUCCCAUUAAAAGUUUGAUUCUUUGGGGAAAUACACUGCAAGAGUAUAAGAUAUGGCUUUAGCAUUUUGGCUUCCUUCAAUAUAAUCCCUCUAGGCCUCUACCUUCAUUUUUCUCAUUCAAAGUUUGAUUCUUUGGGGAAUUUUGCAAUUUCUGAUUGGUUUUGAGAUUGAAUUUUGACAACCCUUCCUGUUUUUUUUUUUUUCAAAGCUCAGAAUUGUUGCAAGUUUCAUUCUUUCUGGAUUUUGCAUCUACCUUUCUUUUUCAGCAAAGAAGACCUCAUCAUACCAAUGGUUUUGAAGAUUUUUCCCAUUCUGCUUCUCCUUCUUUUGAACUCCUGCACUGUGGAACCCAUUUCAGAGAAUCACAAUCACAAUUGUCUCAGUAAGAAUGGCUCUUCUCUUGCUGCAAUCAAGUUACCUGAGCCAUCAAGCUUCAAUUCUGUUUCUUCUUCAGAAGAAACUGGGUGUAGCUUCUCAAAGUCAGAGAAACUGGGGCAUUCUGGAGUUGAUGAUGAUGAUGAUGAUGUUGAGGGAGAACCUUUUCUUGCAACAAAACAACACAAGCAAUCUAUGAAACUCCACCUGAGACAUCAGCCAAUGAGCAAAGAAGCUGAGGCUAAAAAUUCUGUAGCUGAAUUUGCAGUGAGAGACUUGAUCAGAAUUCAAACCCUUCACAGAAGGGUCAUAGAAAAGAAGAACCAAAACACCAUUUCCAGGCUUCAGAAAGCAAAAGAACAAUCAAAGAAGUCCUAUAAGCCAGAGGUUUCUCCUGCAGAAUAUUUUGCAGGAAACAGUUCCAAUCAUCUUGUGGCAACCUUGGCUUCAGGAGUGAGUCUUGGCUCUGGAGAGUACUUCAUGGAUGUGUUUAUUGGAACACCACCUAAACAUUUUUCUCUGAUACUUGACACUGGCAGUGACCUUAACUGGAUUCAAUGUCUUCCUUGCUAUGCUUGUUUUGAGCAAAAUGGACCAUACUAUGAUCCCAAAGAUUCCACCUCUUUCAAGAACAUAACUUGUCAUGAUCCUCAGUGCCAAUUGGUGUCAUCCCCAGACCCUCCUUACCCUUGCAAGGCUGAGAAUCAGAGCUGUCCAUAUUUCUAUUGGUAUGGUGAUAGUUCCAACACAACUGGGGAUUUUGCACUGGAAACUUUCACAGUCAAUCUUACUGGGAAUAAGCCUGAGAUGAAGCUUGUUGAGAAUGUGAUGUUUGGUUGCGGUCACUGGAAUAGAGGUCUAUUUCAUGGUGCUGCAGGGUUACUAGGCUUAGGGAGAGGACCAUUAUCAUUUAGUUCUCAGCUGAAAUCACUAUAUGGCCAUUCCUUUUCCUAUUGCCUUGUGGAUAGGAACAGCAAUUCAAGCAGCAAGUUGAUAUUUGGUGAGGACAAUGAGCUUCUCAGCCACCCAAAUUUGAAUUUCACUUCUUUUGUUGGUGGGAAAGAGAAAGAGAAUCAAGUUGACACAUUUUACUAUGUUCAGAUAAAAUCUGUUAUGGUUGGUGGUGAAGUGCUAGAGAUACCAGAAGAGACUUGGGAUUUGUCAGAAGAUGGCGGCGGCGGUGGUGGUACAAUAAUUGAUUCUGGCACCACUCUGACAUAUUUUGCUGAACCUGCUUAUGGGAUUAUUAAGGAGGCAUUCAUGAGGAAAAUUAAGGGCUAUUCAAUUGUUGAAGGCUUUCCUCCUCUAAGUCCAUGCUAUAAUGUGAGUGGAGUUGAACAAAUGGAGCUUCCUGAGUUUGGGAUAUUGUUUGCUGAUGGAGCAGUUUGGGACUUUCCUGUGGAGAACUAUUUUAUCCAGAUUGAACCAGAAGAAAUUGUUUGUUUGGCUAUUUUGGGGACUCCUAGGUCUGCUCUUUCAAUAAUUGGAAACUACCAACAGCAGAACUUUCACAUCUUGUAUGAUAUGAACAAGUCUAGACUUGGCUAUGCUCCAAUGAAGUGUGCUGAUGUUUAAUGGAGAAUAGGAGAAUAACUUUGAAAUGGCAAUUCUGAAUUUUUUUUCUUGGGUUUCCCAUAGAUGGAAAGUGAUAUAUACAGAAGAAAGAAGAGAAAUCAAGUUUUCAGUUUGUUCAGGUGACAUAGAACUAGGCUUUAGGUCAUUAUAGGAACAUGGUCAUUAUGAACACAAACAUUUCAUUGUUUUGUACACAUUUAAGUGCUUCAAUUUUGAGUUCAUUGUCUCCUUCAAUCUGAUAUUA